GAUUUUGCAUUGAAGGCCCAAAAAAUAAUUCUUAUAUGGAUUAAAAUGAUGCAAAUGCUCCUGAAUGUUUGGAAGGAAUGGCCAACCGACUCGGCACGCAGCUGUUCAUCAGCAGACUGUCAUCAUACACUACGAUCGAACGCCUCGAGACUCUGUUUUCACCAUUCGGUUCAGUCUCUGAAGCUCGGCUAAUCAGAGACCCCAAAACCCAGAGGCCCAAAGGGUUCGGUUUUGUCACAUUUCAGUCACCGGAUGAGGCGAAGAAGGCUCUUCAAGCCAUGGAUGGUCGGAUAGUUGAUGGAAGGUUGAUUUUUGUUGAAUUUGCGAAGACUAGGGGACAUGGGGUGGAUGCUGCAUCUAGAUAAAGAACAUCAUUCACUAUGAUACUUGAAGGUUGAUUUUUUUUCCCAUUCAUUUGGAAAGGAAACUACAAGAUUAGGAGUGUAAUAAUCUAAUGUUCUGUUGGGUUAACUUAGCUUCUCAGCUUGAAAGCCAACUAUUUCAGCAGAAUUUUGGUUUCAAUAGGACAUGGGACAGGGGCCUUUACUUUCUUUGAAUGCUUGCUAUUUGCUAACAUGGUGCUUGCCUACAAAUGGUUUCUCUUAACUUGUGACUUAUGUUCUUGGAGUUGUUCAAGCAAGAAAUUCUAUGCCUGAAAGAUGUCAAGUCA